AUGUGCAAACAUAAAGAGCACUAUGGGGAACGAAUGCGCUCUGGGGGCCAACCCAGAUUCCAGCUACCGGCAACCUGAGACCACUGAAGACCCAUGAGCCUCAUGGAGUUGGAGGUGUGUGAGUCCAGCAGCUUAGGGACGAGAAGCUUAGAGAGGAGCAAGUCCCUUUACCCACCCGCGGUGGCCAACCCCUUCGUGCAGCGGACGCACAUCAGCGCGAGGCGCUGGGCCUUUAUCAUCCUCGUGGGGGCUGUGCUGGUGCCUGUGCGGGUGUCCUGCAUCGCUGUCCUCUUCAUCUUCCUCUGGCUGAUAGCUGCGCUGUCCACCAUAGGCUGUUCUGCUCACCCAGACAAGCCCGCCAACAGCUGGAGAAGAAAACUGAUGCAACCAGCCCUCAAAUUCCUGUUUCAGGUGACUUUCCUUGUAGCAGGGUUCCUGGUUAAAGUGAAAGGGAAAAAGGCAACCCGAGAUGAGGCCCCCAUCUUCGUUACAGCACCGCACUCCAGUUUCUUUGACGCCAUCGCCUGUGUCGUGGCAGGGUUACCCUCGGUGGUCUCUGCAAGUAAAAAUGCACAGAUCCCAGUGGCUGGGAAAUUCCUACUAUCAACACAGCCGGUGCUUGUGACUCGAGAGGACCCCAAUUCCAGGAAGACUACUCGGAAUGAAAUCCUGAAGCGAGUGAUGUCCAAAAGGAAGUGGCCACAGAUCAUGAUAUUCCCAGAAGGGGUGUGUACCAACCGCACGUGUCUGGUCACAUUUAAACUGGGGGCCUUCUCUCCAGGUGUUCCUGUGCAGCCAGUGCUGCUCAGGUACCCAAACUCCCUGGACACGGUGACCUGGACCUGGCAGGGGUUUACAGGCUUCCAGGUGUGUAUGUUGACCCUGAGUCAACUCUUCACCAGGGUAGAAGUAGAGUUUAUGCCUGUUUACAUCCCAAAUGACCAAGAAAAAAAAGACCCCGUCCUUUUUGCCAAUACAGUGAGGAUCAAUAUGGCAAAUGCUCUGGGGGUGCCUGUGACAGAGCACACUUAUGAAGACUGCAGAUUGAUGAUUACUGCAGGCAACCUUCAACUACCCAUGGAAGCUGGUUUGGUGGAAUUCACAAAAAUUAGCCACAAAUUGAAGUUAGAUUGGGAUAAUAUUCAUCAGCAUUUGGAUGAAUAUGCUGCAAUCGCUGUUGCCUCAAAAGGACAGAAGAUAGGAAUUGAAGAAUUUGCAAGUUAUUUACAACUCCCAGUUUCAGAACCCUUGAGACAACUUUUUGCCCUUUUUGACAGGAAUAAUGAUGGCCACAUAGACUUCAGAGAAUACGUGGUAGGGCUGACUGUUCUGUGCAAUCCUGCCAACACUGAAAGGAUCCUGCAAAUGUCAUUUAAGCUUUUUGAUCUUGAUGAGGAUGGUUUCAUAACACAACAGGAAUUAGCUGCUAUACUUCAGGCAGCUUUUGGAGUGCCAGAUCUUGAUGUUUCCAGACUCUUUCAGAAAAUAGCUAGACAGAACUCACAGUAUAUUUCAUACAAUAACUUUAAGAAUUUUGCCUUGAAGCAUCCAGAAUAUGCCAAAUUAUUUAAUUCAUAUUUAGAUCUCCAGGCAGCCUAUAUAUACACGUUAUCACACGUACAAGUUUAA